AUACACGGAAUCACCAUCUCUCUGGGACUAGCACCCCAAUACUCCCCUCUGCCCCCCCCCGUACCCCAGUCCCCCCCACCCCUCAUAUCAUCACCUCACCCGAGGCCAGAGUCUAUAGAGGGGCCCUCAGUAGCGCCCCCCACCUCAGCCCACCUGGCCGCCGUGUUACAGUGCAAACCACACGUGGAUUCAUGUGAUGUAGCCAAGUGACAUUAAGUCGUGUACAGACACUUAAUGGUGUUAUAAUGGCCGUGGAGGGCACCAGUGUCCAUGAAUCCUCCUCCCCAACAUCAAACCAUGAAAGUGAACACAACCUCCUCUUCCUCCCCGCCGAAAGGGAGGAUGGUGAACUGGAGGAAGGUGAGCUUGAAGAUGAUGGAGGAGAGGAUGCGAACCAUGAUACAUCCGAGCCUCCGGCUCCGAAGGAGAAAGAGAAAGAAGAGAAACAUCACAGUGAGUCUGAUGAGGAGAAGCCGCACCGCAAAAUGAAAAGGAAACGCAAAAAGGAGAAAGAGAAGCGAAGAGCGAAGAAGAAAAGAAAGUCAAAGCACAAGCGUCAUGCAUCAUCUAGUGACGAAUAUUCUGACUAUAGUGAUGACUCGGACUAUAGCCCUAGUGAAAAGAGUCACCGCAAAUACAGAGAAUACAGCCCGUCAUAUCAUCCGUCACAUCAGCAGUACCCAUCACAUAGAUCCCCGCCUUCAAAAAAGAGUUACCACAACAUGGACAGCAAGAACUAUGGCAUGUAUGAUGAGUAUGAAAAUGACCAGUAUGGCGAGUAUGAAGACGAUGACGGGGAAGAUAUGGGAAAAGAUUAUGAUGAUUUUGCUAAGGAGCUGAACCAAUAUCGAAGGGCCAAAGAAGGCAGCCAUCGUGGGAGAGGAAUUAGAGGAAGGGGUAAGAUGAUUCGAGGCUGGGGAAGAGGGAUGAUGCGUGGAAGAGGAGGCUUUAGAGGAAGAGGCGGUCGAGGAAGAGGUUACUCAGGAGAGGAACACCAAGAUGAGGAGGACAUGUAUGAUGAAGAAAUGGAGUAUGGGGAUGAGGAGAUGAUGGGUGAUGAAGAGUAUGAUGACUACUCAAAAGAGCUGAAUCAUUAUCGCAAGUCUAAGGAAGGCAGAGGUAGAGGUUUUUUUAGACCCCGAGGUCGGGGGCUUCGAGGACGAUAUAAAGGAAUGAUUCGUGGUAGAGGAAGAGGCAGAGGGAAAGGAAACGAUGAGGACGACUACUAUGAAGAAGACGGGCAGGAUGGAGGAAUGUACAGAAAUGACUAUGAUAAGUCGUACCAUCGACAGGACAAGAAAGGGAAAGUCAUCUGUAAAUACUUUGUGGAGGGCAGGUGUACCUGGGGGGAGCAUUGUAAUUUCAGCCAUGAUGUAGAAGUACCAAGACGUCGAGGACUUUGCAAGUUCUACAUGACUGGAUACUGUGCUCGAGCAGACAGCUGUCCCUACAUGCAUAAUGAUUUCCCUUGUAAGCUAUAUCACACGACAGGCAAUUGUAUUAAUGGCGAUGAGUGCAUGUUCUCUCAUGAUCCGUUGACAGACGAGACUCAGGAAAUGCUCGAUAGGAUAUUGGCUGAAGAUGCAGAAGCUGGUGCAGAGGAUGAGAAGGAUGUGGAGGAGCUGAAGAAGCAGGGAAUAAAUCCUCUACCUAAGCCUCCCCCAGGAGUUGGACUCCUCCCUACACCAUCUGGUCCAACAGGAUCUUCAGGUCCCUCCGCGCCUUGUGAGCCGUUGUCCCCAACAUCUGUUUCACCUACCGCACCCUUGUCAACCUCUGGCGGUGCUAACUGUGCCCCGCUUCCUGGCGAAACAGUUUCAGAUAUCCAGAUGCCUGGAAGUCCUUUGUCUGGGAGCAGUAUUCAAGGAGCAUGUGGGCCAGUGCCUGAAGACCCUUUGCUGGAAAGUCCAGGUCUAGGUCCCAUACCUGGUGGUGGACCAGUGCUUGUUGAUGCUAUACCUGCUAUUCCAGUUCAUGAAGAUCCAGUGCCAGGAGGACCAGUGCACCCAAUACAUAUUGGGCCUGAUGAACCCUUAUCACCUGAGGACCCAAUGGCCCCUUAUCCAGGAGGCCCCAUACCUCCAAUGCCAGUUGGACCUGGAGGUCCAGUCAUACCCCCAAUGCAGGAUGAGCUUGGGGUGGUAAUGCUUGAAAGCCCAGAAUCUGGUGGUCCGCCAAUGGAUCUGAUGCCAGGAAGUCCAGGGUCUGUAGAUUCACAGUGCCAAAGGAAAAUACCUUCGCUGUUUGAAAUUGUGGUGCGCCCCACUGCCCACUUGGCUCACAAAUUAUGUCGUAGACCACCUGGUCCACCAGGCGGGCCUCCAGGUCCACCUCCACAAAGAUUUCCAGGACCGAUGGGUCCUCAAGGCCCCAUGCAUCCUGAAAUGGGCCUAGAGGAAGGUCCCCCUAUAGCACCUUAUGGACCCGAAGAAGGCUCUGAAAUGAUAGUUGAUGGUCCUCCUCCCCCAGAAUUCUAUGAUGAAUAUUAUCAAGACCCUAAUAUGGAGAUUGGCCCUAAUAUGAUGGGAGACACAGGGGUCUAUGAAGAAUAUGGUGCGAUCCAAGAAGACCCCCGACAGUACCAUGAACAACCUCCAGAGCAAGGGGCAGAGAUUGGUGAAGCACCAUCCAAUUAUAACAAAGCAAAUAUCCCUGACUUUUUGCCUUCUGCCCAGCGUGCCCUAUACUUGCGGAUCCAGCAGAAGCAGCAAGAAGAAGAACGAGCAAAAAGGUCCACUGGAGGCUCCCUGCAAGAAAAGGACAAUGAAGAAGGUGAUACUGGUAACUGGUACUCGAGUGACGAGGAAGAAGGGGGAAGCAGCGUGACCUCGAUACUAAAGACAUUGCGCCAACAGUCCUCUAACCGCACAGCUCAGCAGAGUGCAAGAGAAACCGGCGCUGGGGGUUCAGUUGAUCCCCGUCUGCAAAAGGGUCCGGCCAAUGCACCCAGUCGGCCCACAGACCCACGUCUGUCUCGUGAUCCUCGGCUUUCACGAAAUCUAGAUUCCACCCCAGCUGAGGCCGGACAUACUGACCCAAGGCUGACCAGACAUGCACCCCAGUCCAAACAGGACUCACCAGUUAGUAAAGGGGCUUCCGAGGAAGAAGCAGAAACGGAGAGAUUUCUGCGUGAUAAAACGGUUAACAUACCUCUAGAUCCUCUUCCUGGCCACACAUUGAGAGACCCACGCUGCCAGUUACAGCAGUUCAGCCACAUCAAAAAAGACGUAAGUUUAAGCAAACCAAGUUUCUCCAGGACUGUUUUGUGGAGUCCUGAAGACCUUAUCCCUCUGCCCAUUCCCAAACAAGACUUCAUCCCUGUGCCAGCUGCACUACAGGCAUUGCCAGUUCUUGAUCCUCGACUUAACCGUCCGGCCACUCUUGACCCACGUCAGCGACCACCUGCCCCCGAGGUACCACCACCUAAUUCUAGCCUCCCUGAUUUUGAACUGUUAUCUAGGAUUUUGAAGACUGUGAGUGCUGCUUCUGCUGCUCCUACUCCUGCACCGGCACCUGUUGAGAAACCUAGUGACCCUCGAACUCGUAAACCACCCGCUGACCCGCGGCUGCAAAAACCCACAGAGCCUCCAAGGCCACCUGAGCCCAGCCAGCCCCUUCCAGUAAUACCUUCUGCCGAAAGCACACAAACGAUUGCCCCCUAUGAUCCCCGUCUGCUCACCGCAGGUGGUUUGAGCAAGCCCAGUGGUCAAAGUAAUGUUCUGAGCAACAUCAGCUUGUAUGACCCCAGGACGGGGAGCAAGACCUCAACUGAGGCUGCUCCUAGCGAAACGGCGCCGAAGGGACCGGAGAACAAAACUGCCAGUAAAUCAAAGGAGCCACUGUUUGUGCGGAAGUCUGCUCUGGACCAGCCAGAUACUGACAAGCCAAACUCAGAACCUGCCACGGACCGAUACAACAGCUACAAUCGGCCACGUCCCAAGACCCAAACUGCUUCAGAGAGCAGCCAGCCUGCUGUCCACAAUCUCCCUGUACCGCCUGUCUACGGGUUGGUCAAGCAGGCAGCUAAAUCUGGCAGUGGCAGCCCUUUUGCAGGCAAUAGCCCAACGCAAGAAAGUGAGCAGGACGCUGGUUCCUUAAAAGAUGUUUUUAAAGGAUUUGAUCCCACGGCAUCUCCAUUUUGCCAGUAGUGUCUAUAGUAGUCUAACCCCUUCUAUAUUUUCUUUUCUUUUCAUAUAUUCUUCCAUUACUGCUUAUGUUACUCCUUCUGUAUAUAAACCGACAAAUGUAAAGUCCUGGCAAUCUGUUUUUAAUGGUAAAUCAGUGUCUUGUGUAGUGACCGAUACUUUCUUUUUGUACAUUAUUUUAAAGUUCCCUCUAACAGUAUACAUCUAUAGGUAUGUAUAUAUAUAUAUAUCAUAGAACAAAGCAGCUUAAAGGGGUACUCCGCUGCUCAUUGUUUGGAACAAACUGUUCCAAACGCUGGUGCCUGCGGCUCGUGGCCUCAUAGACCCGCCCACAUGAUGUCACACCACGCCCCCUCAAUGCAAGUCUAUGGGAGGGGGCGUGACGGCAGUCACGCCCCCUCCCAUAUACUUGCAUUGAGGCGGUGGAGCUUGAUGUCAUGAGAGGGCGGGGCUACAACAUCACAAGCUCCACAAUGAGCAGCUGAGUACCCCUUUAAAGAGGACCUGUCGGGUCUCCUGACCUUGUCUACCUUAGUAAGUAUGUGUAUUUCUCAUGAAAAUAACAGUUAAGCACUUUCUGUUUGAAAUUUACAUUGUGCCGACCCUCUGUUAUUCCUCCUGGAAAUGUAUGAAUAAAUAGAUAACUUGGAAUUACCAUUUCCCCUGUUAGUAGAGUGUAUUCCUAUCCUGCCUGAGUGUGUCGGGACGUGCUCCUUUGACAAGAGGAAUGGUAGCAGCUUAUUGUUUUAUACAAUUCCGGGAGGAAUGACAAUGAAUUAGGAAAAAUUAGGAAAAAAAUUUGGAAUAGGAAACGGAAUCAGACAAGCCCACAGGUCCCCUUUAAGAGUUAGAAUCCCAAUUUGUAUAGUCCUCCUCCGUUGUAUUGAGUGCACACGUCAGCGCAAAGCACACAGUGUGUGAACAGGCAGCUAAGUUCCUAAUUUACUGUACAGAAAGUUGGUUACGUUACCGCCUCUAUCUCUGAAAUGGCUCUUGUGCGUCUGUCAUACCAAGCAGGGUCUGUGAGAGGCUUGGACUGGAGGCGACAGACGCACCACUGUACAUAUAUAUAUAUUUAUAUAUAAAUAUCACUUUUAUACCACAUUUAUGUAUGUGCUAUAUUCUACAAAGAGGAACAAGUAGACAAAACCAAAAAAAAUGAAUAAAAAAAUAAAGUAUUUAUAAUCCAUACCGUAAAGCUUGCCAUUUGAGUAUUGUAAAUUGUUUAUUUAAGAGUCGUCGCCCCAAAUACCAGGCCCCCCCUCCGCCAUCAAGCCGGCGCUAUCUUGUUUUUGUUUUUUUUGUUUUUUUAUUGUCCCCCCAUCAAGCCGGCGCUAUCUUGUUUUUUUUUGUUUUUUUUUUAUUGUCCCCCCAUCAAGCCGGCGCUAUCUUGUUUUUUUUUUUUUUUUUUUUUUAUUAUUGUCCUCAAGAAUCUUUGAGUUGUUUUCCCAUAUCACAAGAACUUUUCUUUAAAGACAAAGUAUCUGUAAAUGAAUAUUGGCUUCAACAUGAAGGAGGCCGACUGCUUUGUCUUUAAUUCUUUAUGGUGAACAGGACUCUGUAUGUGUCUCUUGCAUCAUUUGCGCAGUUAUGUUGUACUCCAGCAGUUUCUUACAGUUAUCUGUACAGGAUCAGGGUGAAAAGAAAACAAAAAGUCAAUCUGUCGGAAUAUUGCCAUUUGCUUCCUCUAUCAUCAUGUGUAUAGCCAUCAUUGCAAGUACAUAUUUUCAAGUAUUAGGGACACAAUGGUUCAUGUAUUAAUAGGUAAUAACUCAUUGUCUGUUUGUAAAUAUCAGUGAAUGACUGGUGCAGAGAAUAAAUGGAAUUU